AUGGGCGGGGUCAGUGAGGCGCGUUCACUUGCCAGUAUACAGUCAUAUUACUCUGACUUCAGACUCGGCUGCAUCAUGGCACUCAUGUCUGCCCCCGACCAAACACCGAUCAGCGAACAAACCGUUUGGGUCAUUAAAAAGUCCAAAAUUAGUGGAAGAGGAUUAUUUGCUACAAAACAAAUCAAACGCGGUGACCUCAUAUUCAAGAACAAGCCUCUAAUAAUCGGACCCCGCGGUGACCACGCACGAGAUUCCUUCUGUUCAACUUGUUAUACUAUAGAAAGCAACUGCACUCCAUGUAACACGUGCAGCCUUCUACUGUGCUCCCAAUGCACAAUGAACGAAAAUCACACAAAAGAAUGUGAUUUCAUCUUUGGUAAUUGGAAACUCAAACCGAACUGUGACAAACAACCGGCGGAUCUUACAAGAUCACUGAUAUACAUAAGAUCACUGUUACUCGAUGAAGAGGAAAAACAUUUGCUAUCUAUUUUUCAAAAGAACAAUGAUAAAUUUCCAGUUGAAGAAUUAGAGGCAUUGUGUAACAACUAUGUGAUAACCGAAGAACAAGUAAGGUUUAUGAAAUCAGUCGAUUCCAUAUUCAAGUCGAAUGCGUUCAGAGUCGCACAUGAUAAAAAUUCAAAAAAGGUACCCCUUCGUGGUUUAUACCUAAUAUCAGGCCUAAUGAAUCACAGCUGUUUACCAAACACUAGAAAUGUUUUUUGUAAGAAUCACAACAUGGCUGUAUAUGCAACUCGAGAUAUCGCCGAGGGGGAAGAGAUAUUGACGUGUUACACGGGAUUGCUAUGGUGCACUCCAGCCAGGCGAUGUCAACUUCAGAAAACGAAGCAUUUCUGGUGCAAGUGCGAGAGGUGUUGUGAUCGUACUGAGAAAGGGACGAAAUUGGCCGCAUUUAAGUGCUUAAACAAAGCUUGCAUCGGAGUCAUCUUACCGAUCAAUCCUUUGGAUCCGAUUAGUGACUGGCAGUGUGAAAGAUGUGAAUCUUCAGUGGCUACUGCUAAAAUAAGUGCACUCCAGAGUGUACUUGGCAGUUUAUUGAGCACUUUAGAUUUAGAAAAUCAAUUCCACCUGGAAUCUUUAGUGGUCGAAAAAUUGCCGCACGUCAUUCCCUACACCAACCACAUUUUUAUAGAUUUGGGAUUGAGGCUAGCCAUGAAACUUGGAUUUGCUGAAGAACUAAAAUUAAAGGAACUGUCGGAGUCCCGCCUGUCACUGAAGGAGAGCCUGUGCCGAGGCACGCUGCGCACGGUGGCAGCGCUGGGCGCGGGCGACGCGCACCUGCGCGGCCUGCUGCUGUAUCACCUGCACGCCGCACUGGCAGAGCGUGCGCGCCGCUGCCCCUCGCUGUAUGAGGUACCUACCAACCAAGGCUUAUGUCCGCCUGGUGCUGAGAGCCUGUGCCGAGGCACGCUGCGCACGGUGACGGUGCUGGUCGCGGGCGACGCGCACCUGCCCCUUGCUGAGUUGAAAACAGAAAUCGAGUGCACCAUAGAACAAGCCUUCAGCAUUCUCCAAGGUGACAUUUCCGCCCCUCCAGACAUCGAGCUAAGAUACACGUACCUUGGCCCCGGCUCUGACAAGCCCCAUAGGGAACGGUUCUUCAUACUCGACGGAUGA